CAAAACGUCGUUUACCAUCCAUCCGCAGGAGCGGAAAUUGCUGCUGAUUUAUUUCGCUCUAUUUUGUAGAAUAUUCACAGUUUUUGGUAAAUUUGUUGUCUCUCAAUAGUGCUAGGAGUGUUUCUAGUGAUUCGAGAAUGUUUUCAGUAAUCGUUUAAUGGUUAAGGAUGUUAAAAUUGAAUAAUUUUAUUUGUGUUUCGGUAGAGCUUCCUCCUGCAAUGGAGGAAAAAUAUUGCGUGCGAGGAGGCCCCAAGGGGUAGAUUUUCGGUGUGUUGGUGUUCGGAUUUAUCACAGAUUAUAAAGCUUAUAAAGGUACUGGAUUGAACAAUGCUUAUUGUUGGAGAUAGUCCGUUGCUAAUGUUUACUUUUACGGGCGGCAGAUAUCGGCCUUGCUUUUACAAACAGCGGCAGGAAGCGCACGCGAGGAUGAGUUAAAUCGAAGAAGCACCGUGUCAUGAAUGACGAUGAUUGCCGCUGAAGUGGUGGCGAACCCAACAAUAGAGCAACCUCUCUAUGUGUGCGAUAGAAACAGUGAAUUAGUGAAAUAACACACCGGAGAAGAAUAGAAUGGUGCGGGCCAGAGUUUGGGUCUGCAUGAAGAUACCGGAAUAAAGUGCGUAGUUGAAUAUAUCAAGGAAGCAACGAGAAAGGACCUAGAAAGACAGAAGAAGCGUGAGUGAUAUACAUAGGCUGUGUGAAAGGAAGUGGCGGAGUGUGUGGAAACGAAAAGGAAAUAGGUGAAAAUAUCCUGCGCCAGCUGAAGGUUUAUUAAUCUUUAAAACGGUGGCAGCGGGAAGCGAGAGACGAAAAAAUACAUUCUUAAUAUCAACAUGGAUACAUCGGACGAUGAUCUUUCCGAGCAUUCGCAGGGGGACAAAUCAACCAAAUCUCGCUGGACGAAGCAUGAGGAUGCUGCCCUCAAGUCGCUGGUGGAGCAGUACGGCGAACGGUGGGACGCUAUCGCAAAGUUCCUUAAAGAUCGCACCGAUAUCCAGUGCCAACAGCGAUGGACGAAAGUGGUCAACCCAGACCUUAUAAAAGGACCCUGGACAAAGGAGGAAGACGACAAAGUCGUCGAACUAGUUACCAAGUAUGGACCGAAAAAAUGGACCCUCAUCGCACGUCACCUACGUGGCCGCAUCGGUAAGCAAUGCCGAGAGCGGUGGCACAAUCAUCUCAAUCCAAACAUCAAAAAAACUGCCUGGACUGAAGAGGAGGACACCAUCAUCUAUCAGGCACAUUUGCAGUGGGGCAAUCAGUGGGCGAAGAUUGCGAAGCUGCUUCCCGGCCGUACUGACAAUGCCAUUAAGAAUCAUUGGAACUCGACGAUGCGUCGAAAAUACGAAGGACCUGAAGCGACUCGUCGCAAACCCAAAGCCAGUAGUAGUCAAAACCACCAGAGCCAGUCCGGUUCCAGUCAAACGACCCAGACCAGUACUCAACAGUCACAAAAUGGACAGAACAGUCUGCGGAACAUCAUUUGCAAUAAUCGAAAAAAGUCAUCAGUGGACAGUAUGAACGAGGAUUCCCUCGAUAAGGACGGAGGCACGAUUGCUGUGUCUACGGAGCAGGGAGAUUUCCUGAUUUCUCCGAUGCCAAAUGCCACCAGCGAGAAACAGUUUGUCAUUGCUCCGUUGUACUCAUCGGGAAGGUCCGCCUUCGUCAAUGCCAAAGUAAUCGCCGCCAGCAAUAACAACAAUCGCAUUCUCAGCGGCAGCAACAACAACAAUAACAACAACCAACCGUACACGCCCACCAAUGUGGACUUCAAUGAUCUGCUCAGCGGAAACGAUGCGGAUGGCAAAGAUCGGAAGUUCAAAAUCAACACACCCAGCAUUCUGCGGCGGAAGCGGAAAAUUAGGGACGAAAACGAAAUGAACGAUCUUCAACAGCAGCUUAUGCUGGCACACCAGCAACAACGUCAGCAGCAAUUACUUCAGGUGACUACAGCAGCAAGUCAGGCAUUGAACACGACUGGUUCAAAUCAAGCGCAUCAAAAUCACCACCACCAUCAGCAACAGACACGUGACGAGCACCAUCAAAAUGAUAGGCACCUCAUGUCACCAACAGUCACCCCAAUUAAACCGCUUCCUUUUUCACCCAGUCAGUUUUUAAACUCACCCAGCUUAAAUGUUUCGUUUGAUCAGCUUCCGGCGAGCACGCCGGUCAAGCGAGCUACCAUUAAAACCAACGACACUAGUCUAUUGAGUACUCCUAUUCCAUUAAAAGAUGGAGCAAGUCAGAAAAAAGAUAUCGCUGAAGAAGACGGCAACAGCAGAGGUCCUUCUAAAACUCCAUUGAAAGGGGUUAAAACCUUGGAACCACGUACUCCCACACCAUUCAAGAACGCUCUGGCUGAGUUCGGAAAGAAACGCUCCGAAGUAUACAUUCCUCCUAGUCCAGCACGAUUAGGCGAAGACAUUGCGGAAAUUAUGAGCAAUGAGCAGGCCAAAGAGAACUCCGGAAACAGUAUGAUUGAUCCGGAUAGCACGGUUACCAACGGCGAUAAGCCACCGAGCGAGAACCUACGGCAAAGGGGAUCUGCCAUUAAGGACAGAGUGGCUCCGAUGAUUGCACAAUCUCCACGGGCGAAGAAAAGUGCGUUUACACAGAACUGGGAGAACUCCGACAUGAGCUUUUUUGCUGAGACACCGAGUAAGUCCCUGAUAUCUGAUUCGGGUGUCAUAUUUUCACCGCCGAGCAUUCUCCGAGAUACCCUUAGCGAUUCCGAUUUACUGCUGGACGGAGGAGGGCUGUUGGAACCGUCUAGUACGCAAAACGUACCAGCUAAACCUGCGGAACCGGAACAGAUCCUCGACCCCAAAUGGGAAAAAUGGGCUUGCGGUAAGACCCGCGAUCAGCUCUUUAUGACCCAACAGGCACACAACUGCCUGAAAAAGACAUCCCUUCAGCCGCGGUCGUUGAAUUUUUACAAGUAGAUAGUCCGUCACGAUACGAGCAUCGUCGUACAAUUCAACAAAUUAAAAUGCGUGUUAGUUGUAAGAAUUGCUGCCGAGAAUGUGUGUGCAAGAGUGAAUGCGUUUUUCAAUUUGACGGAAAUAAGCAUUGAUUUAUUUUGUAUAGGCUCUUUGUCUGUAAGGUUUUUAGAUCGGGAUUUGGGUUUGUGACUAAUAUUCAAUAUUCAAUAACACAAGCAUGCUCAGCGAUUAAUGUGUACCAGAUAUCAAAGACAGGACAAACAGUGCUAACUGAUUAGUCAGUUUUAUUUUUUCUAGAGAUAUUAAUACAGUAGAUGUAUGAAGUUGAUUUAAACUUUGGCACCCUCAAAAAACAAAACAAGCACAUCUUCCUUAACGGCUAAUAUAUACGAAAAAGAAUAAGUUUUACAAAGCAGACAUAAUCAUAUUUUAAAAUUGUAAUUAUAAGGAGAUCUUUUUGGAAGUAAACUUUUGUUCUCAUGUUCGAAAGCAUUUUUAUGUUUGUCAUCUUCAUUUACAAAAAAUUAUAAAAUUGUAACAGAUGAAAAUAAAACAAGUAUAUUUAUUUUUUUA